AUGACUACAUUGUACGCUUUUGGGUCAAAUGGCAGUGGUCAACUUGGCAUUGGCCAUGUAGAAGACACGAAUACACCUACACAAUGUCUCGGCUUACCAAUAGACGAUCCUAUCAUCAAGAUCUCUGGAGGAGGCAACCAUUCAGCCGUGCUGACAAAACAAGGGCACAUCUAUAUGGCUGGACUAUCACAAUACGGAGAAGAAGACAUGAAGAGACGAUCGCAGAAGACGGAUCAAGAGAAUAGAGAGUAUUUACGCUACCAAAGACGAUUUGAAUGGAUGGAAUGGAAAGAUGUCGUUUGUGGUUGGGCUUUUACCAUUGCAGUGUCGAGCGCAGGAAGGUUGUAUGGCAUAGGCACAAGUCGCUGGAACGAAUUAGCAAGGAGUAGCACCGAGGAAUUGGUAGAAUUGGACACUGGUUUGACAGAUAUCGUAUCUGUGGCGUGUGGAUGGCGUCAUGCAGUCGCAUUGGAUGUACAUGGACAAGUGUAUGGAUGGGGAUGGGGCAGACAUGGACAGCUGGGACCCUCAGAAACACCACCAAAAGACAAGAAAGACGUUCGAUCUGUGCAAAAGAUCACAAUGCCCCAACCUAUUGUGCAAAUGGCUUGCGGUCAUUUACACACAUUGCUGAGAGGACAAGAUGGCACUGUUUAUGCAUUCGGAUCAAAUAAAUACAGCCAGUUGGGAAGCACCAACGAGAUGAGUCAUCACACAGCCUCCUGGAUUGAUGCUGGCUGGCAUCAUAGCGCUAUUCUGGAUAACAGCAGUGUACUACACAUAUUUGGACGCAAUGAUCAUGGUCAGCUGGGCUGUCAAACAUCGCUUUCUCGUGCAUUUACGCAGAUUGCCUGUGGAUCUGAGCAUACGCUUGCUAUCACCAGAGACACGCAUCAAGUGCUAACGUGGGGCUGGGAUGAACAUGGCAAUUGCGCUUCUGACAGAGACUUUACAAGUGAAGCCGUGGUUGUGGAUUUACCUGCAAAGGCUCGUAUCUUAGGUGCGGGGUGUGCGACAUCUUGGAUAGGAUUAUAA